GUUGUUCUUCAGAAGGUUGUCUAAAUUUGAUGAUAAAAUAAAUAUUCAAUUAAAUUCAAUAUGGAUAAUUACAGACUUUGAGAAAGCUGUAAUUAAUGCAUCAUGUUGUGAGCUACCUAAUGCAAUAAAUAAAUUUCUUAUGAUCUGGCAUUUAUUUGCCUUGCUAUUCUUAUCUUCAAAUAAGAUUUCUGCUGGUUUUAAAAUUUUAAAGGCUAAUAUGCCUCCUGAGGCAAGUGAUAUGAUUCAAUGA